AUGGGAACUGUAAAACGAACAAAGGAAGUAUCCGUUAGUUCACGUAGGGAAAAGAAAAGUCAACCAGAACUGGAAGAACAUUUGCAUGAUAAUAACAAACUGAACAGCAUAAAUAUUUCUAAACAGGCCAACGACCCUCAGCAUCGGGAAGAUCUUAAAGAUGACUGUGUAGCAGAGCCUUCGGUAUCAUGUGCUGGUGACAAUCCCCUUCAUGGAGAUAAAAUAGCAGAUUUAGACAGUGAAAAAGAACUCCACCUUUUGACAAAAGAAAAUGAAGAGGGGAAAAGGGUGGGGUACAAAUUUCCAGGAGAUCAUGGGAAACAACUAAUCGCUGUGGAGGCAGUUAGUAAAUCUGGAGGUGGUCUUCCUUCUGCCACGGCCCCACAGAGAAGCAAUGGAAAUGAACAUGCUGAAGUCAGAUCUAAGAAGAAAGUCUCAUGCCAACCAGGAACAGAUUUAGCUCAUCAAUUGACAUGCUCUUCAAAUAGUAAUGGAGAACAAAUUUCUGAAGAAGAAAAUGAGAGUUCUGGUGCUUCCAAGUUCUUCAUAAGCAUCCGAAAGCAGGAAAGGCAACAUUCAUAUCCAGCUAUUCCUCUACUGAGGCGGAAGAAGAUCCCGUGGACAAGAGUAGAAGAGGAGACAUUGAAGGAAGGGGUACAGAAAUUUUAUAGUGCUCAUGAUAGAAAUAUUCCAUGGAAGAAAAUUUUGGAAUUUGGAGCUGAAGUUUUCCUAAGAGGUCGUACUGCAAUAGACCUCAAAGAUAAAUGGAGAAACCUUUGCAAAGGAAGCCCAAAAUCAAAAUGA